AUGUCUGACCUCUCAGACCUGCAACUGCUUUACAAUGGUUCUGGGAUUAUCUCAGCAAUAUCAGUGGACUGGCUGUACCAGAAAUUGUACUUUGUGAUGAAUGGAAAGAUAUUCUGCUGUGAUCUGGACAGCUGUUUGAUGGCUAGGAACAUUAUGUCAGGUCACUUCACUGCGCCUGUCCGAAUUGUUGCAGAUCCCUACAAUGGGUACAUUUAUUUGCUGAGAGAGGAUAGAAUUUAUAGGAUGCAGCUUCCUGAUUCCAAAAACCGGAGCAGUGAUGAUGUAAUCUCGUUGACAAAGAAGAGCGGCUUUUUGAAGGAUUUUGCUAUACAUUUCGAGUCCAAACGUCUCUUUUUCUACAAUGAUACCAACCAGUCAAUUUCUUCCACCUUUAUUGAUGGAUCGUCCCUAUACCCUGUGCGUCAUUCACUGUUCUUUCAGAAAGUUCGGAGUCUUGCAUAUGCCAAAAACUACUUUACGCUUACAGAUGGAAAUCAGGUUCAAAAAGAAAUACAGGCUGAAGGAAUGUACUUCUAUAAUUACGUCACAGUGGAGUGUGAUUCUUCCGUCUCACAGACUGGUUUUAAUAACUUGCAGUACUAUAGUGCAUCAGAUCAGCCCUACCCAAUACCAACUCACCCUCGAUAUCUUGAAUCACUAUUCAACUCGGAUGUGGCUGUUUUAAAAUGGAAGAAGCCAGAGCCUACAGUGAAAAUGAGUCCAACAGCAUGGCAAGAAUGGACAUAUGAAGUUAGAAUGGAAGCACAGAAUUCUUCAGAUGAGCUUGUGUUUAGGAACAUUAGUGAAACUAUUUUCACUGUAGAAAAUCUGCAUAGUUCGACGGUGUAUAGACUUGCUGCCCGUGCAGUAUCGCCUGGAGGAGCAAGUCCUUGGACACCCGCCUUCACAGGGUCCACUCUGCAAGAAGUGGAAGAAGAGCCCUUUAUUUUGGCUGCGAGGAAGGAUGGAAUAUGGAAACAGCGUCUUGAUAGUUUUGGUCCAGGAAUAUUGCUCUUUCCUGACUUAAAAUAUGCCAGAGGUAUGGAUUGGUACAAUGGCACCCUCUACUGGGCCAACUCAUCAGGGCACGUUCACAAAGUGUCACUGUUCAAUAAUAGCAGCAGUUACCAAGGGCACACUUAUAUUCCACAAAUAGAAACUACUGGAACCAUAGCGUAUGACUGGAUAGGACAAAACCUCUACUGGAACGAUAAAUUUACUAACAUGAUUUACAGGAAACCUGUGUCUUCUGCUGCAGAAGAAAUUGUGAUUUUGGCUGGAAGACAACUGCAAGAUUUAACAGUGGAUUCAAUUAAUGCAUUCAUUUACUGGACAACAGCUCAGACUAUAGAAAGUGCUCGGUUAAAUGGGGAGAAUCAUUUCGUUCACCAAGAACUGCCAGCGUUUUCUGAUCGAUGGGUGUUUGGCUGCACUGUUGAUCUGGACCAUGGUUUUCUCUACUGGGUUGUUCAAGAUAGGAUGUGUUUGCACUUGUACAAAUCAACACUGCGUCAAAAUUGGCAUGAAAAUAACACAGCAUUAUUGAUUGAAGCGUGGAGCAUGGAAAGCAUAUCGCAGCAUGCUUUUGGGCAUUAUAGUAACCGUUUUCACUGGAUAAAUAGAAAUGGUUACCUCACUGUGCAAGAGGAAAACCAGAAGAACAAAGGGUUUUCAUCUCCUCCUAACGUAAUCCCAGAGUGUGUUUCAGAAUCAUCCAUCACAAUAAAAGGGAAUUAUUCUGCUUUUCGUGUGGUUUGGAAUGGUUCAGAAAAUGUGGAUUAUGGCACCGUCUACUACUGUGUUCAAUUUUCAGCUUUGCAGUUGCACGAGGAUUACUGCCUGGCUAAAAAUAGUCUAACUUUACCAGAAUUGGAAGUGUUGGAUUUGGAGCCAUUUACUGAAUUUAAUUUUUCAAUUACACCAUAUACCUACUGGGGCAAAGGGACCACUACACAGAAGAACUUACAUUCUCCCGAAUCAGUUCCUUCGCCACCUGAGAAUCUGAGAAUAUUUGUAAGCAACAGUGACACUUUGCGGUUCACCAACCAAUCUGAUGUUGAGUUCCGAUGGAAUAUUCCCAGGAGGAAAAAUGGAAUUAUCACAAAAUACAGAGUGCAGUAUACUUUAUUAAAUAACAUGAACAAGUCUUUUAAAGUUUGGAACCAAGUUGAUGUCAAACCAACUAUGGCAUCAUAUAAAUUCAAGUUGACUACUCAUCUUAUUUAUGCUUUCCGGGUUCAAGCUUUUACUUCUGUUGGCCCUGGAUCAUUCUCUGUAAUAGUAGAAGCCAAUACUUCAGUACUGAAACCUGUUCCACGGAUUUUGAUUGCAUGCAGUGAUAAGAUUAAGCUCAUAGAUGUCGACAAUAAUGUUACAGAAGAAGUGAUUAUAAGUGGUGGACAUGUGACAGCACUGAGCUUUCACACUCUUGAUGAGAUGAUAUAUUACAUAAGGAAUGACACGCUAUUGUCAAUGAAAACAGAAGAUGGCUCAAAGAUUGAGCUUCUGAAAGAUGAACGUCUUUAUGAUCCUGCAGACAUCACCAUGGAUUGGAUCGGCAGGCGUCUGUACAUCGCUUCAAGCAAUGCCAGGAAUGUGUCUCAAGUUUUCAUUGUUGACCUGGAUGCAAAAAUCAAAUUCUUAGAGGUGGUUAACUUAACAGCAGCUUCCCAUCAUACAUUAAUUUCAUCACUUGCUGCAUAUCCAUUGCUAAGCCGAUUAUAUUGGAUACAGAACUCCUCUGCUGGCACCAGGUUGCUAUGUCACGAUUUAGUUAAUGGAACUUCAUUCAGUGUUUUUGGAGAUCAAGAAGAUCAGCCACAGGGGUCAAUAGAGAACAACAGGUGCAACUGCUCUGCCAUCAGGAAUCAUUUAUCUGGUAAAAUGGCCAUUGACUCCUCGAGCAUUCAGCUAAUGAAGAUAUAUUUCACCACAAAGUCAAACGAGAUCUGGCUGUCAGACCGAGACGGCUGUCAAUGUAACAGAGUGAUCAGAGUUCCUGUGUGGUCAGAUAUAGCUUGUCUGGUUCCGUCUCCAUACACUGAACUUCCCAGCAUUGUUAGUGUUUCUAAUACUAGUGUUACAAUCAACCUACCUCCCAGUCACACUGAGAUGCUCUGUCCUGGUAUCAGCAUUCCCAGGUCCACAUUCCUGGUGUACUACAGGAAGAUGCAAGGCAGCAAUGACACAUUCAACUGUUCAAGUGUUCUGAACUGCAUUGCAUAUGAGGUUCAAGACACACUCAUCCAUUUGAAAGGAUUGCAGCCCUACAGUGCGUAUUUAAUACAAGCAGCUGCGACAAACUAUUAUGGUGGCUUUCCUCACAAGCUGGGUGAUGCAGUCAUUGCUAUGACUGACUAUGGAGUGCCAGAAGCAGUCAGCAAUGUGACAGUGAAUGUCAUUUCUAACAAAGUAUUUGAUGUGCUCUGGACUGAACCAUCUCAACCCAAUGGACCUAUUGAGAGAGUGCGCUAUCAGAUUAAAGGGCCUUUCCAUAAACUGUACCCAUCAACUCCACUGACAAAAAGUGAACUCGCUGAAGGGAAGCUUGCACUAUCUCUAACUAAUGCCAAAGGUGGUACUCUCUACAGUGUCAUGGUCCUUGCUUUCCAUCCAGAUUAUGACUGGUUCAGUGUUAGUGAACCAGUCUACAUUAAAACCUUUGAGUGCCCCUCAGCACCUUUCCAUAUCUCACUUGAGAAUACAACGGUACAAGUAAAAUGGGAAGCUCCCAGUGACAACAGCACAAGGCGCUUCGAAUUUGAACUUAGAGAGUUUGUGCCAAGAACCAUUUGGAAAACACCAAAUGUUUCAUGCAGUGAAGGGCCUGAUUUUGUCUGCUGUCUCUCUGGGCUCCAGCCUGCUCGGGUCUAUCAAGUACGAGUAAUGGUGAUCUACCACACGGGGGCAGAGAGUGUCUCAAAGCAAGAUACCUUCAAAACAUUAGCUGGAGUUCCAGGUAAGCCGGGGACACCGCAACAGUUUGAGGAAAAUGGGAAAAGUGUGAGCUGGGAAAAGGGGGAUGACAAUGGCAGUAACAUAACCUACUACAUACUGGAAGUCAGGAAGUCUGACAUAAAUAAAGUGUCUGGGGGAAAUAUGAGUGCAUCAGAGCCAUGGGAAGUGGUGUGGAACAGCUCCUGCAACACCAGGCUCUGCACCUGGAAGGCGGAGGAUCUGAAAGGAGCAUUCCUGUUCCGAGUGGCGGCCUCAAAUGCAAUUGGGAUUGGGGAGUACAGUGACGUCAGCAAGGAAAUUACUCUAAAAGAUGGAGGAAAUGCAUUACUAAGUGAGGCCGGGAUUGCUGUCACUGUGGUGUCCUGUGUUUUCCUAGUCGCAGUGGUUGGGUUUAGUUGUGGUUGGUAUCGGAAACAUCAAAAUAAAAUACCUCAAGCAAAUGAGGUCACCACUGUCUUCAAGCCGGAUGCAGAGCUUGCCCGUAUUAGAGGGAUGACAUUAGUAGGAUUAUCAAAUGGCUGCUAUGCAAUCAGCACCCUUCCUUCCCAGAGUGAAAUUGGUAAUUUACCGGAAUUUCCUCGAGCGAAGCUGAGUCUGAGUCGUUUCCUGGGGAGUGGAGCUUUUGGAGAGGUAUAUGAAGGGAAUGCAGUGGACAUCCUGGGUGAAGGAAGUGGAGAAAGCAAAGUGGCUGUCAAGACCCUGAAGAAAGGUGCCACAGACCAUGAAAAGUCUGAAUUCCUGAAGGAAGCACACUUGAUGAGGCAGUUUGAUCACCCGCACAUUCUGCGGCUCCUCGGAGUUUGUCUGCUGAAUGAACCUCAGUACAUUAUCCUGGAACUAAUGGAAGGAGGGGACCUGCUCACAUAUCUACGAGAGUCUCGUACUGUCCCGCUACGAAGAUCUUUACUCGAUGUCACUGACCUUCUAGAUAUCUCCUUGGAUGUUUCCAAAGGCUGUACAUAUCUGGAGAAAAUGCAUUUUGUGCACAGGGACUUGGCAGCUCGGAACUGUCUCGUGUCAACAAAGAAAUACGAUAACCCAAAUCGUACUGUAAAGAUUGGUGACUUUGGAUUAGCUAGAGAUGUCUACAAAAAUGACUACUACAGGAAAAGGGGAGAAGGACUGCUUCCUGUCAGAUGGAUGGCACCAGAGAGCUUAAUCGAUGGCGUGUUUACCAACUACUCUGAUGUCUGGUCGUUUGGGGUGCUGCUCUGGGAAAUUGCGACUCUUGGACAGCAGCCAUAUCAAACCUAUUCUAACCUUGAGGUUCUGCACUUUGUUCGUUCGGGAGGACGGCUGGAAACACCGAGCAACUGCCCGGAUGACGUAUAUUCCUUGAUGUUAAAAUGCUGGCACAGAGAGCCAAAGAAAAGACCCAGCUUUCGUUACAUUCAGGACAAGCUUGAGCAGCUAAGGAAGUCUCCCUUGGUCUGCAGUCACAUUGUCAGUGAUGAGGACAGCAGACCCCAAGGAAUCAUAAAUCUGGCUUUUGAAAAUGCAGAGGAAGAUCAUGGUGAUCACCCAGAUUGUGCUUCACUGAGCAUCCUCACCACGGUAACCAAUAAGGAUGGUCUACAUUACAUGAUGCUGCCAUCAGCCAAUACCUCAGAUGAUUUGGAGUAUCAGGACCUGGCAAACCACCUACGCUUGACUAGUGAGGAUAGUGAAGCAAAGAUAUAUAAAGAAGUCCAGGAUGAUACUCCUAUGUAUAGUACUUGUGAUCAUAAAAUGCCUGCAGAUGUCAUGUCCCCAGGUUCUGCAAAUUACGCAAUUAUAACUGUAUUUAACGGAGACUGUACCAGCCUCAUUGGAGACACACGGAGGAGAUCAACUGAAUCUAUCUCUUCUAGAACCUAGACUUAAAUUGUGGGCUAAAAAUCCAAUAUGGAAGGUGGUAACAUAAACCUUCUGAGAUUUGAUAAACAAACCCUUUCUCUUCAGGUUCCUGCAAUCUGAUUUUUUAAGAAUAUUUGAAAUAGGGCUUUAAUAUGCAAUUGUACAUCUAAAAUGUAAUAAUAUAAAACAGAAUUUAUUAAUAAAUCCUCUGAGUUAUAAAUUGCUUCUGAUAACCAAAAUUACAUCCUACUAAUCCAACAUCAUCAAACUCUAGUUUGAAAGUAAAAUAUGUCAGAGUGGAAUUUCAGUGGGUUUGGUGACAUACCUUUCCGGAAGUGACUCACAAUACCAAAUUCCAUAUGAAAUUGCCACAUUUUAGCACAAAAAUGUUUGGCAUUAUUGAAUAAGCACCUCCACACCUCAGGCACCAUGGAUGCACACUCCACCUCACUGAGCCAGUCAGGAGGCUCUUGUUUGACUCUUAACUGUCCUCUCUCCCUCACAUCUGUGCCAUGACCCGCUCUUGUGACAUCACCCAUAGACAUGGGGUGAACUUCCACAUGUAUGUAGAUGAUACCCAACUCUACUUCUCUG